UUCAAUAUUUUUGGUAUCGAUAUCGACUACUUCGAUGUUUUUUCGAUCUACUCAUCCCUAAGACACAAAUUAUUUUCUGCAAAUCAGCGACAUGGCCAACACUCCAGCAACCUCCAGCAGCUCCGGACCCGUGCUCCGCGGCCUCCACAACGCCUCCAUCAAGCGCAACCUGGCGAUCUCCCUUGGCCUGACUGCCAUCGUGACUGUUGCCUUCAAGCUCUUCGUCAACGAUCCCAAGAAGGCCGCCUAUGCCGACUUCUACUCGAAGUACGAUGCUAACAAGUCCUUCGAGCGCAUGAAGGCUGCCGGCCGUUUCCAGUCCUGCUAGGAACCCCAAGCACCAUGUAGUCUAAGUCAAAAGAUGUUGCUAGAACAAGUGUUACGCUUCUGUAUUGAAAACUAAAUAGAUUUCAGUCUACGUAUGUGCACGAA